AUGAGCAACUUCUUCCUGUAUGAUUUACAGGUUCUCAAAAACCUGUUGAAAGCUCAGGGCUACCCUCCAGCCAGCCAGCUCCAUAUAGACACCGAAGAUAAUAAUAACCCCCGCAAAAAACAUCAACACAAUGUUGAAGAUUUAUUGAAAGUAAAUUUCCCGGGUAUUAUGAAGAAUGGGAAAAUAUACAUUCAAGAGGCCAAGCAGGAUAGAGCCCAGGUGUCUCCUUACACGGAACUGAUGAAUAUAUCACAUGUGUCUGUAUUCCUCCUCAUGGGCCUCUCCGACGAUCCAGAUCUGCAGUACCCUCUUUUUGGAAUAUUCUUCUUCAUGUACCUGGUGACAGUGCUUGGGAACCUGUUCAUUAUCCUGGCCAUCUGCUGGGACAGCAACCUUCACACACCCAUGUACUUUUUCUUGGGUAACCUGUCCCUUGCUGACAUUGCUUUCACCUCCACCAUAGUCCCAAAGAUGCUGAAUGUCAUAAACACACACAACAAAAUCAUCACCUAUGUUGACUGUCUGAUUCAGUCUUCUUUGUUACAUUUGUUUGGAUGUAUGGACAGUCUGCUCCUCACCGCAAUGGCCUAUGACAGAUACGUGGCUAUUUGUCGUCCCCUGCACUAUCAAACAGUUAUGAACCCCUGUGUCUGUGGUUUACUGGUUUUGGUAACUUUUUUCAUUAGCCUUUUGGAAUCUCAGCUACAGUGCUUGAUAUUGUCACACCUUACCUUCUGCACAGAUGUAGAAAUCCCUAGUUUCUUCUGUGACCCUUCACAACUCCUCAACCUUGCCUGUUAUGUCACCUCCAACAAUAUCAUAUUAGUGUAUUGUAUAGGUGCCAUUUUUGGUGGUGUUCCAGUCUCAUUGAUCCUCCUCUCUUAUGGACGAAUUGUUUACUCCAUUCUGAGAGUCCCAUCUGCAGGAGGUAAGUAUAAAGCCUUUUCCACUUGUGGCUCUCAUCUGUCAGUUGUUUGCUUAUUUUAUGGAACAGCGAUUGGAGUGUACCUUAGUUCAGUUAUCUCUCAUUCUCUCAAGAAGGGUGCAGUAGCCUCAGUGAUGUACACUGUUGUCACGCCCAUGCUGAAUCCCUUCAUCUACAGCCUGAGGAAUGGAGAUAUAAAGACAGCCCUACAGAGACUCUCCAGUAGAAUAGUCUAUUUUUAA